AUGAGAGUAUUAGUUAGUUGUACCGAUGGCGGUUCUCUAAAAGAGGUUAUUUUUAAUUCUGGAACUGAUACAUCUGUUCAAACUGCAUUACAACCAUUGCAUGUAGAGACACACCUUGAACAAGGUUUGAACAAUUACAUCAAUAAAAUUUCACAACUAUCUAAUGGUGAAUUUUUAAUUGCAAGAAGCAAUGGCGUUGUUGAAUUAGUAAAAGCAACAUUAUUGCCAAAAGAAUAUACAGAAGAACCCCCAGAGGGAAAACAGUUUCCAUCAUUUGAUGUAAACAAAUUUGAAGUUGUAGAUACCUUAGCUGGAUUGUUAGAUAACAAAAGAUUAGAACCAUUGUAUCAAAAAUCUAAAAAGAGAACUAAGUUGAUAGAUGAAUUUGUAACAGUAACUCUGUUAAAUGAAAAGCUAAAUAUAUACAUCCUAGCUUCAAAAUCAGGAUUAAUUCACAUCAUCAAACAUAAUUCUAAAAAGAGUAAAUUGGAAAAAAUCAAUUCAUUUGAAGUUAAAGCUCCAUUGGAUUUUGCACAAUUAUACGAUUUAGAAGGAAAAAUGGAUAAAUACAUAUUGGGAUAUGGUGGUGAAGAAAAUCUAGUUAAAUUGAUUGAAAUUAAUAAAAAUUUUACAGACUUAAAACAGAUUUGGGAAGCUAAAAAUGUUAAAAAUGAUAGACUAGACAUGAAAGUCCCAAUAUGGCCAGUUUCAUUAAAAUUUUUAGAACCGUAUAAAGGUGAGAAGCUUGAAAAAGAUAAAAUUAACUAUCAAUUUACUACAGUGUCUCGUUAUUCCCAUUUGGGGAAGUAUAGAACUCAACAUGGUCGUAAGCCAUUGGAAUAUAAAGAUCUAUUACCAAACAGAGAGCCAUUGACACAAUUAGAAGUUAUCUCGGAAAAGGUAACACCAAUUGGUAAUGCUCAAACUUCUGAAUUCUCUGAUAUUACCUUUAUCACUACUGAUACUAAGAAAGAUGUUUUAAAAUUCAAUCAUGAUGGCCGUUUACUUUUAAAAUAUGGUAAAGGUGAUAUAUUAGGUUCACCUACUUUCAUUACAAUUUCCAAGGGUAAAUACUUAUUACAGGGUGGUCUUGACAGAUACCUGCGUGUAUUUGAUAUAAACACAAACGAAAGAAUAGCUAAAAUAUACGUCGGUGCAAAAAUUAAUUAUAUCACACUUCUUGACGAUGACGAAAUAGAAUUGCCAGAAGUUGCAAAGGAAAAAGAGAAAAUGAAAGAGAAAUCAAAGAAAAGAGAACUAGAAUUCGAAGAAGAUAAUGAUGAUCAAUUAUGGAAUGAUUUGGAUUCUAUAAAACAUCAUAAGAAAUCAAAAAUUUAA